AUGGGUGGUAUUGAUAAAAUUGAUAAGAUCGUUGGGUCUCAACCUAAGACGCGAGGCAAGUCGCCAGCGCACGGCAAUCCACCUAUGCCUUCUACGUCUCAAGAAAAGCCCUUUCGUGUUAAACAGAUUUUCGGGCGGUUGUUUGAGGUACUAUCGCAAAAAUUGGAAGAAAUUACAUCCUCCUUCUUCAAUUCUGAAAAUUAUUACUUCCGCUCGAAUACCUUUCAAUCAACGACCACCCUUGCUAAUACCUACGCAGGAUAUUCUAAAAAAGUUCGAGACUCCUGUGUCAGCGGUCAUGAAUCUAGAAAUUCAAACAAUGAUUCGAGAGCGUGUAUUGGAAUUUGCGCCCAUGACGCCAUCUUUCAUAUCCCCGCUUUUUAUAAUAAGAAAAAACAACGGCAAGAAUCGUGUGAUUUUCAAUCUGAAGGCAUUAAAUCAGUUUAUGAAACCCGAGCCCUUUCAUCUGUUUCAUCACUAUCAAAUGCCGAAGUUCUUACAACAGGGCGAUUGGAUGGUAAAAUUGGAUAUCAGCCAGGCUUACUACCACGUCCCAAUCUCGGUGAAACACCGAUGUUUCCUACGUGUCAGUUACAAGGGAAGACUACUUCAAAUGACGUGCCUACCAUUUGGCUUAGCAAUCGCUCCAAAAAUGUUUGCUUCGGUAACAAACUGGACAGCAGAACUUUUACGCCGUCAAGGUUUAAGAGUCAUUGUCUUCUUGGACGAUUACCUGCUCGUCCACCAGGACAGGGAAGUCCUCCAGGCCCAGGUUCACAAAGCCAUGCAAUUUCUGCAGAAUCUAGGCUGGAACAUAAACUCAAAGAAAUCGAUAUGCACUCCUACGAGACUAAUCGAUUUUCUGGGUAUCACUUGGGACACAAACUCAAACAGAAAGUUCCUACCCACAGAAAAAAUCAACAAAAUACGUCAGUGUCUAUCGACUCGUCUGUCAGCCGGCAAUUGGACUCUCAAGCAGGCCCAAUGCCUCUUAGGGUAUCUCAAUUUUGCAACCUUCAUCACCCACCGGGGAAGGUUGCACUGCCGAACGCUACAGCAACACAGCAAUGCUUUAAUGAGGAGUCCAAUUCAGCGCAGCCCAUUGGCAGAAGAAGUGAGACAAGAAUUGGCUUGGUGGCUACACAACAUCGAUCAAAAGACCGCGAUCCACUUGCACAGAAGUCGCACAAAUUACCUAACAACAGACGCUUCCGAUGUUCAGUGGGGAGCCCUAGUCAACAGCAAAUCUGUCAGAGGUCAUUGGACUCCGCGGCAAAUGACCUGGCAUUGCAAUCUGAAGGAGAUGCAUGCUGUAAUAGCUGCAAUCUUAUCGGAUCCAGAAGCCUUGAAGGAUUCAAAAAUAAUUCUACAGAGCGACAGCAAAACAGUUGUAUCGUAUAUAAAAAACGAAGGCGGAACGAAGUCGAAAAGACUGCUUGCAAUGACCAAAGAACUUUUGGCACUGACGGACAGUUUGAAUAUAGUACUAAUCCCUCAUCACUUACCGGGAAUGUACAACAUGGAAGCCGAUCAUCUCUCGCGAAAUCGCAAAGGCGGCGAAUGGCAUCUUUUACCCGAGGCAAGCAGGGAAAUAUUCAAUCUGUGGGGAACACCCGAAAUAGAUCUUUUUGCUUCAAAAGAGGCACACGUCGUGGAGAAUUAUGUUACGCUAGACUUAUUAGACUGGAACGCUUGCUAUCACGACGCCUUCAGCAGAUCCUGGAAAUACGACCUGGCGUGGAUAUUUCCUCCGCCGGCGCUUCUACCUCAAGUAUUGCACCACCUCAACUCAGCGCAAGGCAGGUUCAUUGUAGUAGCACCCAAGUGGAUGAAGCCUUUUUGGCGCCCAGAUCUAAAAAAUCGAGCUUUGGCUCAUCCAGUUAUGAUACGAGAUCUCGACAAAACUCUAAUCAACACCGUGACACGACAGGCUCCGCCUCAAGUGCUGAAAUUACAAAUGGAAGCAUGGUUAAUUUCGGCUGGGACUCGCUUAUAGAAAACUGGUCGAAUGAUGAGAAAAAUCUCCUUUCAACAUGCUGGAGGCAAUCCACGAGGAAAACCUAUGCUCCUAUUUGGAAAAAAUGGGUGAAGUGGUGUCAAGAAAAUAAUUUAGAUUAUCAAUUCCCGGCGCCAACUAGUGUGGCUAGAUAUUUAGCUAGACUAUUCCUCAAUGAUCAUUUAGCUUAUCGAUCUAUCUUAGUGCACAAAUCUGUUAUAGCAUCAAUUUGUGAAACCCUAAGUGAUGUAAAAAUUUCUUCAAAUAAUUUGGUAAAACAUUUGCUUAAAGCCAUCUCCAUCGCUAAAAUAAUACCUCAAAAGCUACCAAUAUGGGAUGCGAGAACGGUCAUACAUUACUUAAGAGAUUCGAGCCCGAAUGAAAAUAGUCUAUUUGAUGUCUCGAAGCGAACAGCCACUCUUCUCCUAUUGACAUCAGGUCGUAGAGUGCAUGACUUAACUCUCUUGCACUGUGACCCUCAGCAUUUCAUUGAUAAAGGUGACUCAAUCAUUUUGCACCCAGUAUUCGGUUCUAAAACGGAUACAGGAUCGUAUAGGCAAUCAAGUUGGACAUUAUUAGAUUGUCCUGAUAAACGUUUAAAUCCUUUAUUUUGGCUUAGAACGCUAGUCGAAGUAUCUAAGUUUACUAGAGGCUCCCUAACUAAUUUAUUUAUUACCACUAGGGACCCGGUAAAACCGGCUACAACUACUAUUAUAGGGGGUUGGGUUAAGAAAGUCCUUUCAGAAUCGGGCAUAGAAGCCUCGCCUGGUAGUUGUAGGUCAGCUGUGGCAUCUCUCAAUUUUUUAGAAAAAUAUCCCAUUAAUGAGAUUCUUGCCAAAGCAAAUUGGCGCCACGAACAAACGUUUAAGAGAUAUUAUUGUCGAAAUGUAGAGAGUAAUACUCAGAGAGUUGAAACACAUUCUCUGUCUCAAUACUUUAAGCCUAGUGAUGAUUAA